AUGUUAUUCUUAAGGGGAGAAUAAUUGUAAGUUGUGAUGAUUAUUAAUUAUUAUAAAAUAUAUGAAAGGAACAUAAACGAAUGGGUGAAUUAUCAAUAAUGUCUAAUAAACAUUAAUUUAUUUAACUCAUUAUUUCUUUUCCACUCUAAUUGCAUCUUAAUACAAAAAUAUUUUAUGUAAAAUAAUAUUUAAAGAAUCAAUAAUUUAGAGUUGAAUAAUAAAAUUUAAUAUUAAUUUUCUUUAUUUGAAUAUAUUAAACUUAAGUGA